AUGCCCUCCCUCCCGUUCUCAGACCGCAUCUCCUCCGCAGCGAACAUGCAAGGCCGCAACGACAACGGCGAAGAGGAAUCCCUCCUCGGACGGGGCCAGCAAAAGGUGCGGCGUUUCUGGGAUGGCUUCAUCGACUUUGCCCUGCAGGGCAACAUUCUCGAGAUUGCCUUUGGUUUGAUCAUCGCGGCCGCCUUCACAACCCUCGUCAACAACUUUGUGCAGAACAUCAUCAUGCCGCCCAUCUCCGUCAUCUUCCCACUCAACCGCAACAUGGAAGAAAAGUUCGCCGUCUUAAAGGGCGGCCCGAACUACACCCACGACAACAAGUAUACGACCCUCGAGCGCGCCAAGGAUGAUGGUGCCGUCGUCUUAGCUUACGGCUCGUUCCUCAACCAACUCGUCUCCUUCCUCUGCGUCGGCAUCUCGCUCUACGGACUGGCCCACGUCUUCCAGUUCUUCUCCCGAGAGCCGAUUAUUAAGCAUACCGUUAAGUGCAAGUACUGCCGCAAGCGGAUCAGCAAUAAGGCCCCAGGCACCCCCGAGAUGAGAAGAGAACCUGUUUUGGCUAAUCUCUCGAGCGUUUAG